UAGGACACAGCCUCGUCUCCGAGAUUUAUGUUUGUGUUUUUUCUCUGAGCAUAGCUUUUCUGAAUUGAGCUAAGUUGCUGUGUUCCUUUUGGGUAAAGGGUUCGCAUUACUGUUUAGUUUGCCCACAAGCUGAUCAAUCUAGGGUUCAACGGAUUUGUUAUUUUGUUUUGGGGGUUUUGAUCUGCUUCAUGUGAUCUACACCCCUUUUGUGUCAGUUACAUUUUUAAACUUCUGGGUUUCCUUUGUUUUUUGGUUUUGAGUGGUAAAGUUGUGAUUUUUAGGUUUUGUUUGGGAAUUUGUCAUCUGGGUCUGGUUUUCUUGUGGGUGAUUUUGCUGGUUGUGGUGGUGGGAGGUUGGACAUUGUGGGGGGUGGGGGUGUUUUGAAUUUGGGGUGGGUUGGUUUUGAUGAUUUCUGGGUUUGAUUCUUUAGGACUUGCUCGAGAUGGGGUUGGGUGCUGAGAAUGGUAAGGUGGUGGAGUCUUUGGAUGUGAGUAAAUCAAAGUGGAGGAAGAAGAAGAAGAAAGAGGAUAGGGUAGUGGAAGAGGAAGAGACUGGGUGUUGGCUUAGGCUGAGGUUCAUUGGCAGCUGCAUUUCUUCGAGAUCCAAGGUUGAUAGCUCAGUUAGCGGCACCAGCACUAAUUAUGCUGAAAGUAAAUCAACUAAUGAUACAAGUAGAGACCAACCAACAGUUCCAAUAGUCUCUUCGACUACCACAAGUAAUACUGAAAGCAAUUCAUCCACUUCCAAACUUGAAGAGGAGCUUAAAGUUGCUUCCAGGCUGCGAAAAUUCUCUUUCAAUGAUCUUAAGUUGGCAACAAGAAAUUUUCGGCCAGAGAGUCUUCUUGGUGAAGGUGGUUUUGGUUGUGUGUUCAAGGGAUGGAUUGAAGAAAAUGGAACAGCACCAGUGAAGCCUGGCACAGGGCUUACUGUUGCUGUUAAAACCCUCAACCACGAUGGGCUCCAGGGUCAUAAAGAAUGGCUGGCUGAAGUAAAUUUCCUUGGUGAUCUAGUUCAUCCAAACCUUGUUAAACUUAUAGGUUACUGCAUUGAAGAUGAUCAAAGGUUGCUAGUAUAUGAAUUCAUGCCUCGGGGUAGCCUGGAAAACCACUUGUUUAGGAGAUCCCUGCCUCUUCCGUGGUCCAUUAGGAUGAAAAUUGCACUAGGAGCCGCAAAGGGUCUUGCUUUUCUUCAUGAGGAAGCUGAACGACCUGUAAUAUAUAGGGAUUUCAAAACUUCCAAUAUACUAUUGGAUGCAGACUACAAUGCCAAGCUCUCAGACUUUGGACUUGCAAAAGAUGGUCCAGAGGGUGAUAAAACCCAUGUGUCUACUCGAGUGAUGGGAACUUAUGGUUAUGCAGCGCCAGAAUAUGUCAUGACGGGACAUCUUACAUCAAGAAGUGAUGUGUAUAGUUUUGGAGUGGUACUACUUGAGAUGUUGACCGGCAGAAGAUCUAUGGACAAAAACCGACCCAAUGGUGAACACAACCUUGUGGAAUGGGCUAGACCACAUCUAGGGGAGAGAAGAAGGUUCUACAGAUUGAUAGACCCUCGCUUGGAAGGUCACUUUUCUGUAAAAGGAGCUCAGAAAGCUGCUCAUCUGGCUGCUCACUGCCUUAGCAGAGAUCCAAAAGCAAGACCCCUCAUGAGUGAAGUUGUAGAAGCUUUAAAGCCUCUCCCAAACCUGAAGGACAUGGCUAGUUCAUCAUAUUAUUUCCAAACAAUGCAAGGUGAACGUUUUAGUGCAAGCCCAAAUACUAGAAAUGGGAGAACACAAGGAGCAUUGCUCACCAGGAAUGGACAGCAGCAAAGGAGCCUUUCAAUUUCACAUGGUACUCAUGCAUCUCCAUUUCACCAUCAGUAUCCCCAACAAUCACCAAAACCCAAUGGCAAGGCAUAGAGUUGAUGAAUUUUCAUUUUUCUUUUGGUCUCUCCCUUCUUUUUCAUCAUUUCUUAUUUCCUAAGUAUAGAUGUAACUUGUGUCAAGCCAUUUGUUCAUGGGACAACUUGAGAGCAAAAGAAGCAUGCUGCUUUUGUGAUGUAUGUUAUGAGUGUUGAUUCCACCCCAUAGAGCAGGGAAGAAUGUAAGAGCAAGUGAAGCUUAUUCAGCAACUAUGUCUUAUGUCAAAUUGUCAACCAAUAUGUUUCUUCAGAUUGUUUGGAAAUAUUCAAGAUUAUUAA